AUGGCACCAAGUAAGCAAUGGAUGCAACUUGUUGAUGAUCGACUUAAUGAGGCCUACUUUAUCGGGGUGGAAAAUUUUUUGAAUUAUGCUUUUCAAAGGACAGGAGAAAUGUAUGAAAUACGAUGUCCGUGUGUUAAAUGUUGUAAUACCACAUUAGGAACACGUGAGACAGUUAGAACACAUUUGAAAGUAUAUGGAAUAAUUAAAAAUUAUACCUUUUGGUAUCAUCAUGGGGAAGUCUUAGGUGAGCCAGAAUCACAAUGUGAAGAUGGAGAUGAUAAUGAAGUAGAAAAUUGUGAGAAUGAGGAUGAAAUACGAGAAAUUUUGAGAGAUUUCUAUCCUAAUCAUUAUGGACACACUUUAGAUGUUCAUUGUGAUGAUUCACUUGAAGAGGAACCAAAUGUUGAAGCCAAAAAGUUUUAUAGCCUAUUGGGAGACUUUGAGAAGCCACUGUAUCAAGGUUCAAAAAUUUCGAAACUUUCAACUUUGAUUAAGUUGCUUCACAUAAAAAGUAUGGGUCGUUGGAGUAAUGAGUCAUUUACAAUGUUGUUAAAAAUGUUAAAAGAGGAGUUGUUGCCAGAUGAAGCCGAUUUGCCAAAUACAUAUUACGGGGCAAAGAAGGUAAUUCGAAAUCUUGGGCUUUCCUACGAAAGAAUUGAUGCUUGUAGAAAUGAUUGCAUGUUAUAUUGGAAGGAGGAUAACUUACUUGAUUCUUGUAAAGUUUGUGGUGAAUCUAGAUGGAAAGUUGAUAAACGUAACGGGGAAGAAAAGAACAAAAAAGGUAAAAAGAUUGCAUCAAAGAUUUUACGCUAUUUUCCAUUAAAACCUAGGCUUCAAAGGUUAUUUAUAUCUUCAAAGACAUCUUCUCUAAUGACAUGGCAUCAUGGUGAAAGAGUUGAUGAUGGAAUAAUGAGGCACCCAGCUGAUUCAAUGGCAUGGAAAUCAUUUGAUGAACUUCAUCCUUCAUUUGCAGCCGAGCCUCGUAAUGUUCGACUUGGACUUGCGAGUGAUGGUUUUCAACCAUUUCGGAAUGCAAAAACCUCAUAUAGCAUUUGGCCGGUGGUACUUAUUCCUUAUAACUUACCACCUUGGUUGUGUAUGAAACAAGAAAACUUUAUCAUGUCCAUGCUUAUUCCUGGUCCAGAUAGUCCAGGUGAUGCAAUUGACACAUAUCUUCAACCUUUAGUAGAAGAAUUGAAGGAGCUAUGGAAUAUUGCAUAUGGAAAUUUAUCUGGAUGGAGUACCAAAGGAAAAUUGGCAUGCCCAUGUUGCAACAAAGAUACUUCCUCAAUCAGAUUGACCAAUUGUAAGAAAGAAAGUUUUAUGGGUCAUCGUCGUUAUCUUCCUCGUAAUCACAAAUGGAGGAAUGAAAAGAAGUCCUUUGAUGGUACAGAAGAGAAGACGCUCCCACCGAAAAAACGUUCUGGUAUUGAGAUUCUUCAUCAAGUUCAAGAUCUUGAAGGGUUACAGUUAACAAAGGAACCAAAGAAAAGAAUCAAAAUAUCACAUGAUAGUCGAAAAGAUAAUUGGAAUAAGAAGAGUAUCUUUUUUGAACUUCCAUAUUGGGAGUCUCUUUUGUUGCUACAUAAUUUGGAUGUUAUGCAUAUUGAGAAAAAUAUAUGUGAUAAUAUUUUGGGGACAAUUAUGAAUGCCAAAGGAAAGACCAAGGACACUAUUAAUACUCGGCUAGAUUUGAAAGAAAUGAAUAUAAGGCCGGAGUUGCACCCUAUCCAGAAAGGUGAAAAAUAUGAAGUUCCAACUGCAUGUUACACCUUAUCUCCACAGGAAAAGCACAAUUUCUGCCUGUUUUUGAAGAAUUUAAAGGUUCCAGAUGGAUUUUCAUCCAACAUUUCUCAGUGUGUUAACUUGAAAGAUCACAAAAUUUCUGGUUUAAAGAGUCAUGAUUGCCAUGUUAUUCUCCAACAUUUACUCCCUCUUGCACUACAUGGUAUGUUGUCCAAAGAAGUGUGUGAGCCACUAAUUGAAUUGUCUUUAUUUUUUAAUAUGAUUGGAGCUAAGUUAUUAAGGAUUGAUGACUUGGAGCAGGUUGAGGCUCAAAUUCCUAUAACACUUUGCAAGUUAGAAAAGGUAUUUCCGCCUUCAUUUUUUGAUGUCAUGGUGCACUUGCCUAUUCACUUAGCUAAUGAAGCUAUGCUUGGUGGACCUGUCCAGUAUCGAUGGAUGUAUCCCAUAGAACGAUGGUUAUAUUUUUUGAAAUCUCUCAUUGGUAAUAGGGCUUGGCCAGAAGGUUGUAUUGCAGAGGGUUACAUUGCAAAGGAAUGUAUGAAUUUAUGUUCAAGAUAUCUGCAUACAAUUGACACAAAAUUUAAUAGGCCAGAACGAAACGAUGAUGGUGGUUUGAAAAAAUCUGAUGGAGGAUUAUCUCUAUUUUGUCAAUCUGGAAAAACAUUGGGGGCUCCAAAACAGUGUGAUCUUGAAGCAAAUGAAUUAGAGCAAGCACAUAUCUACAUACUGAAGAAUUGCGAUGAAGUUCUACCAUUUCUAGAAGAGUUUGCACAAAUUCAUGUAGAUUCUACUCAACACUUGUCUGAUGAUGAAUGGAAUAGACAAUUUAUUGAAUGGUUUCAAGAUAAGGUUGCACAAUUGCAUAAAGAAGAUGAUAGUCGGAUCAUGGAAGAUCUCCUUGCACUUUCAUGUGGUCCUACUAAAUAUGUAUUACAUUAUAAUGGUUACAUUGUCAAUGGAUAUAGAUUCCAUGCAGAAGCUUAUGAUAAAAAUUUAAGGACUCAAAAUUGUGGUGUGGCUGUCGUUGGUGAAACUGAUAAACAUAGUGACAACAUUGAUUACUAUGGAGUUUUAACUGAUGUUCUUGAAUUGCAAUUCACGGAUAGAAGAGUUGUUUUGUUUGAAUGCAAAUGGUUUGAUGCAUAUGAUAAGACAAAAGGAGUGAAAAUAGAUGAGUAUGGCAUUGUAAGUGUAAAUUGGGGGCGAUUUUUGAAAAUAAAUGAGCCUUUUGUAUUAGCUGAUCAAGCCUCUCAAGUAUUUUAUGCUAAUGAUAAUUCCAAUAGAGGUUGGUGUGUAGCGAGAAAGGUACAACCUCGUGAUUCCUAUGAAAUUGUGCAACAAAAGGACAAUGAAUUUGAAGAUUUAGAAAAUUCUUCACAAAAUAAAUGA